AUGGUAAGAAAAGCAUGUCAAAAAUUGAUUAAUGAAAAUGAUAAUAAACAAAUUAUUGAAAUAUAUGAAGAGUUAAUUUCAAAAAUACAAGAUAAAGAAAAAGGACAAAAUAGAAAAACAAAGUGUAUUGAAGAAAAUAUUUGUCAAACACUAAUAAAAAAUAUUCAAUCAGAAGAAUCAGAAGUUGUUCAUUCUUCAGGAAGAUUUUUAAGAGCAUUAUUAACUAAUUGUCAUAUUGCACAAGAAGCAGCUAUUAAAGCAGGACUUGGAGUUAUUGUUUCAAACCAAUUAAUUAAAUAUAGUGAUAAUGGAGAAAUUUCAGGAGCACUUUCAGGGUCUAUUUGGGGUAUGGCUGAUAAUGAAAAUAAAAAUGAAUUAAUAACUAAAAUAACAAUAGAUGGAUUAAGUAAAACAUUAGAUAAUACUAAUAUUUUUACAUUAACAUCUGCAGUUGGAGCAUUAUUAACACUUGCAGAAGAUGAUAAAUUUGUUCAUUUAAUAGAAAAAAGUGAUAUAAUGAAAAAAAUAGUUAAAGUAAUUAAAAUUGGAGAAGAAGAUGAAACAUUAGCAAGAUUAAUUGGAGGAUUUCUUUGUAAUGCAGCAGGAGAGAAAGAAACACAAAUUCAAUUUAAUGAAGCAGGAGGAAUUGAAGCAUUAUUUAAAUUAUUAGAGAAACAAAAAAAUAAAUUAACAGUUGUUGCACGUAUUAUGAGUGGGAUUAGAGCAUUAUCAAAUGAAGAUGAAGGAGUUUUAGAAAAAAUAAUUGAAAAUAGUUCAAAAUUUAUUUCAAUUGGAAAGAAAUAUUCAACUGAAGAAAUUAUAAUUCCAAUGCUUGGAAUAUUUUUUAAUUUCUCACAAACUGAUUCUAAAGAAGUUGAAGUUCAUCAAAAAUGUAGUGAAAUAGUUAGUGAAUAUACUAAUAAAUGUAAAGAAGCAGCAAGAUUAGCAUUAGGAUAUUAUAUGAAUCUUUCAACAAGUGAAGAAGUUGCAGAAGAUAUGGCAGAAAAUCAAAAAAUUAUUAAUGAAGUAAAAAAAGCAAUGGAUCAAAAUGAAGAUGAAGAUAAAAUUAUUUCAAGAGGAUGUGGAUUUUUACAAAAUAUUAGUGAUUUUGAAGAAGGAAGAAAAUUAAUUUUAGAACAAGGUAUUACAAAGAAUUUAAUUGAAGGAUUUAAAAAAAAUAGAGAGGAAGAAGAAGUUGUUAAAUCAUGUUUAAGUGCAAUUACUAAUAUGUCACAAGCAGAUGAAUUAGCUAUAGAAAUAUUAAAAGAAGGAGGAGCAAAAGAAAUUGAUCAUGUAUUAGAUGAUAAUAAAGAUGAAGAAUUAAUUAGAUUAGCAUUAAUUUGUGUUAUUAAUAUUUCAUCAAGUGAUAAUGUUGAAGAAUAUAUUGAUAAAGAUUGGUGUAAACAUAUUAUUGAAGAUUUAGAUAAAUUUAAAAAACCAAUUAUUAAAGAAAAAGCAAUUACUGCACUUUCAGGAUUAGCAACAAUGGAAGGAUUAAAGAAAGAAUUAAUUGAAAAUAAUAUUAUUACUGUAUUAGCAAAAUAUUUCCAUGUUUCAGAAGUAACUCAAACAAAAGCAUUAAAUAUAUUAUUUGCAUUAAGUUCAGAACCAGAAGUAAUAAAGAAAAUUAUUGAAUCACAUUUAUUAUCAAGUGCAGUACAAACAAUUAAUAUUUCAGUAUGUUCAGAAAAUUUCUGUGGAUUAAUUGCUAAUUGUGCUAAAGAUCAAAGUAUUCAUGAUGAAUUACUUCCAUUUGUUCAAGAUAUUCUUACUAUUAUUAAAAAUAAAAAAACAGAAAAAGCUGUUAUAUUUGGAUUAAAUGCACUUAUUAAUUUAUGUUCAAAUAAAGAAACAAGAGAAGCAUUAAGAACAAAAGAAAUUGUUAAUGUUAUUGUUAAAUCAAUUAAUUCAUUUAAACCAACAAAAUCAAUUGUUCUUUCAGGAUAUAGUGCAUUAGGAAAUGCAUCAAUUGAUGAAGAAAUUAAAAAAGAAUUAGAUAAAAAUUUAGCAUUUGAAACAACACAACAAAUAAUUAAUUUAUAUAAAAAUGAUGAUAUUGUUCUUGAAAAAGUAGUUAAUUUCAUUGCAGCAGCAUGUAAUCGUUCAUCAGAAAAUAAGGAAUUAAUUAAUGAAAAAUUAGGAACAAGUCUUGAAGAAAUGAAAGGAUUUGUUAAAAAUGGAAAAACAAAAGAAAUUAUUGAAAAGAUUCAAAAAGCAAUUAAACAAUAA